CGAGAAAAUUCGCGACGCCUUUCUCUUGAUCCAUGUCGUCGAGAAGAACGAACACUGCGACCACCGUAUUCUCGACCAGAAUCUACUUCAUAUCUGUUUAUCAAUGAAAAAUAUCUCUGGCUUUUCGUGGUUGUCUUUAUUGCUGGACACCGAAUCAGGCGUUUUGCCAAGCAAUCGUGUCCGGUACGAAGUCUAAACUCAGCAACGGCUUCGAUUCUUGGCCAAAAGUCUAAACUCAGCAACGGCUUCGAUUCUUGGCCAUUCGGCUAUGUGGUAGAGUGCCACUCUAAACUCAGCAACGGCUUCGAUUCUUGGCCAGUCGGCAUUGGCAACUGUGUUUCUCCUUUGUCGAGACUGGUCUCCCAGAUUUUGUUGAAAAGUGUCAGCAUGACUGGUCUCCCAGAUUUUGUUGUAAAGCGUCAGCAUGGUUUACUUGGCCUCCCAGAUUUUGUUGUAAAGCGUCAGCAUGGUUUCCUUGUCUCCCAGAUUUUGUUGUAA